AUGGCGCCAUUUAUGCUCUUUAUUCUGAUGAGUACACUUUUCUACAAAGUAAAUUCACUGACCUGCUAUCAAUGCAUACCUGAGACAUCAUUAACAUGUACUGCAACUAAAGUGGAAUGUCCUGUCGGUCAGUGUGGGACUAUGAGAACCACAUCUUACAUGGAAAACAACAAGUUGGCUGACAUGAUUAUGAAGAACUGCUCUACAACUCAACAAUGUGUGACUGCAUCUGUAAACUUUGGAGUUACAAAAACAGUGAUUAGCAAUAAGUGCUGCAAUACUGACCUGUGCAAUAUCCAGAGUGAAAUAGAACCACCCAAAAGUGUCCCAAAUGGCAUGAAGUGCUACACCUGCAAUGGGCAGCACUGCGCAUCUACUUUAGCUUGUAUUGAUGGUGAAGAUCAUUGUAUCAAGGCAACAGUCGAAAUUGCUGGCCAGAUGAAGAUAAUGCAAGGAUGUGCCACUGGAAGUUUUUGCAAGGGUGACCUGUCCACACAGAUUGGCCAGUCCAGUUUAGCUGUUGACCUGACCUGUUGUGUUGGAAAUCUUUGCAACCGUGCAAAGACUGUCAACCAGAGUCACUUGUUUCAACUGUGGGUCCUACUCUUUACCAUUGUACAAACAUCAUUUUGA